GAUUCGUGAAGUUUUUCGUUACCAAGUAGCGUUCGCGAUGAUUUUAUAGUGUGCCACCUGCCUCACACCGAGGUUCAUUGCAGUUAUCUAUCAAGAAUUGGCAUGAAAUGUCGGCCAUUUUGAACACCGACUUUUGCUAAAGUUAUUCUCAAGUUACUGGUAUCCAGGUGGGCCUCGAGAUUAGGUCCUUCUGCUGAAGGCACACUGCUGUCUGUAAUUGGAAUUAUAUAUCUUGCUGUGAUUCUCUAUAAGAAUGCCGAAACCUAUUGAACUCGUACAGAAGUUUAUUUGUAAGAUAGCCUAUGGGUUAGGAUUAUGCCAUGUUAUAUUGGCUAUUUGUACCAUCGCCGUCGGCGUGGCAAUUAUUGCCUUGAAGUGUUUUGGUUGGAUGGCGGGAGUUGGAAUAUGGGUUGGAAUUAUAUUUCUGGUUACUGGGAUCAUAGGAAUGGCAAUAAAGUGGUCCAGUGAACCCAUAGGUUUGUCACAAGCGUUGCUAGCCAUGAGUAUAGUAUCCUUCGUGAUGGCGCUGUUUCUCGCUGCUUACGGUUGGUAUGCCUCCACACAAGAAUACUUCUCAAUGUUCUGUAAUGAAGAAUAUCUGGAAGCAGAAAACAAGGACAACAUGGAUUAUGAGUGCAUCCAUGAGUCUUCCAGGAUGGCCGUUGACAUUUCCUUGGUAGUAAUUGGCUUGUUAGAAAUGGAGGUGUGUAUAUUGUCUGGUGCACUCGCCUACAUCAUUCUUAAAUCGCCGUCCAUUGGUCCAUUCAGCUCAGUAACAGGAUUACCCUUCGGCGAAGGGAAAACAUUCAAUUUCCCAGAGAGGAAAUCAACUACUGAGCCACAAUACACGGACAGUGAGGACGAUGAGGAUGCAGUGAUGACAACUGGGGAAACUAAGUAUUCAGAAGACCCGCCACAGAAUUUGGAGUCCCAAUAUGAUCCGGACCCUAUGUAUUCAACGGCCGAUGAGAUAGAGAAGGAGGAAGCUAUCGCCUUGACUACGUUCCCCGAACGAUCAGCGUCUCAUUCAUCGCGUGAAGGGGGUCCUCCGGCGGAGUAUGCGACGGUGAACAAGACACAGUCACCGUUAUACCAUGAACCACCGAUCACUACAACAACAGUGGGAACAGCAAAUGCACCGGUUCCACAGCAGGCAAAGUACGCUGGCGAUGAAGAUGAAGAAGAUGGUGAUGAAUUUGCUGAACCUUUACUACCCCAAGGAGGACAUCAACGAAAGGGCACACUUCCCCCUCUGAGGCCUACAAUGGAAGUGGUACGUCAAUCACUCCUACUGAAAGCAGACUCUAGCUCCGACAACACACCAUCGAGUUCUCCAACUAGCAGCACAGAUAGUUCACGAUCAGAGACCAAGAAACAUGACCCGAGUUCUGGUUCUCUGAAACGUGCCAAUAGUGAAACCACGGUUUGAACUGGAAACAAUGAGCUUUCAGUCCAUUAUGUGUACUAACGAAUGCGGAAAAAAACAAAAACAAUUUAGUCUUUAAGUGGUAAAUGAAAUUAGUAUUUGAAUAAACUAGGCCAUACGUGUUUAAUUGAAGAUAAUAUUCUUGCAUAUUUUAUAAAUCUGGCGGCAAUAUUAACAAUUGCAUGGUAGGCAUUUGUAUUUCGAUUUGAAAUAUACACAGUAUCGAAUUGCAUUUGUUUGCCAAUACAGUAACCGAAAUCAAUUUUAUCCUAAUUUAGAAACAGGAAUAUAGAAACACAUUUUGUACGUGCAUGUUUCAGAAUUGUGUAGAUCAAUAUUCAUAACAAUAAUACGAUAAUUGGUUGUUGAUAUGAUAUGUACUUUUGAAAUAUGUUGAUUUGUUAUCAUUGAAUUUGAUAAUACUGCCAUUCAAUUAUGAUGAUGAUCGAUUAUUUCUUUCUCAAUUGAUAAGAUAUAUAAAAACCGUAGAAUAGAAGAGCUUGAAUACCUUAUAACUAGAUGUAUUUGAUUUACCCAACUCUGCAGACAUUAUGGAAACUGCAACGGGGUGUAUUAUAUAUAGUAGUUUUUGUUUUUAUUUUUCGCUGAGAACGCUUUGUAAGCAAGCGAUUCGCAAUUUCAAUAUGUAGAAGGUCGGACUUAAAACAAAUUUGACGACAAGCUUAAUCACAAUGUCAGAAAAGUCAUAACGAAGUAUGAAUAUAAAAAUGAUGAUGCUAAAAAUAGUUUAGUGUUCACGUGACGUCAAUAAUCAUACUCCUAACUGAUCUUAAUAUGUUAGAUCCACUUCAUUACAUAAACUUUAGGGAAAAAAAUAUUUCUUUGCAAUCCAGAAAUUGAAGAUUAAUUUCUUUCAACGUGUACUAGUAAUGUUUCAAGUUUUCUUAUAUACUAUACGCAUUUGACUUUUGACCCUACUGGGCACCUCAAUGUAUAAUGUAAUAAAUACAAAACUCGCCAAGAAUAUGCAUUGGUACACAGUCCAUGUGAUUGGUGAUAACAGGUGUAUGUGAGAAUAUGACAUUGAUUUAUUACAGUUAGGCAUUGAAAAUAUAUCUUGUAAUGUUUUUUUUAUCCUUUAAAAUAAAGCAAUGAAUUUCUAGAAAA